AUGGAUCAUUUGCUUAUAGUGGUAGCGCUCAUUGUCACGGCCUCGUCUAUAGGAAUCCAUCUUGUGACCAGAGCAAAGAAACCAUGUCUGGCGAACUUGCCCCCGGGAUCCUUUGGUCUGCCGGUGAUUGGCCAGACCGUCAGCAUCAUCCGCGCUAUGCGCGGAAACACCACUGAUCGGUGGAUCCGGGACCGGGUCCAGAGAUACGGCCCGGUUUCGAAACUAUCGCUUUUCAGCAUGCCGACGGUUCUUCUGGCGGGCCCGGCGGCCAACAAGUUCAUGUUCUUCAGCAGCUUGCUGCCGGUGAUGCAAAUCCAAUCGACCAAGCGUAUCAUCGGGGAGAAGAGCCUCCUGAGCAUCCACGGCGACGAUCACCGGCGCAUUCGUGGCGCGCUAAUGGAGUUCCUCAAGCCUGACAUGCUCAAGCUGUACAUUUCCAGGAUCGACGCCGAGGUGAGGCACCACCUAGAGGAGAACUGGGCCGGUCGCACGGCCGUCACCGUGCUGCCGCUGAUGAAGCGUCUGACGUUGGGUAUCAUCUCAUCACUACUGUUUGGCCUUGAGAGGGGUGCCGUACGGGACGCCCUCGCCGUUGACUUCACAUGCAUACUUGAAGGCGCGUUGGCGAUCCCGGUGAACCUGCCAUUCACGGCUUUCAGCCGGAGCAUCAAGGCUAGGCGAAGGGCUGAACGUCUCCUCAAGGGGAUCAUGCGAGAGAAGAAGGCUCUGCUGGAGCAGGGAAAGGCCUCGCCAAACAAUGACCUCAUCAGCCGUCUGGUCAGCAUGACAGACGACCAUGGCGAGCAGCUCUUGAGCAGCGACGAGAUCAUCGACAAUUGCAUCCUCGCCUUGAUUGCCGGCCAUGACACGACCUCCAUACUCAUGACGUUCAUGGUCCGACACCUCGCCAAUGAUCCGGCCACCCUCGCAGCUAUGGUGCAAGAGCAUGAAGAGAUUGCAAAGGACAAGGCAGAUGGGGAAGCUCUAACCUGGGAAGACCUAUCGAAAAUGAAGUUCACAUGGCGAGUCGCACAGGAGACACUUCGCAUCGUCCCUCCAGUCGUCGGGGGCUUCAGAACAGCACUCGAAGACAUCGAGUUCGACGGCUACCUCAUUCCAAAAGGAUGGCAGGUGUUUUGGACGGCAAAUGAAACACACAUGGACCCCAGCAUUUUCCACGAUCCGGCAAAGUUUGACCCCUCCCGUUUCGAGAACGCGUUGGCGUCAGCGCCACCAUGCUCCUUCGUCGCCUUUGGUGGCGGCCCUAGAAUAUGCCCCGGUAGGGAGUUUGCUAAGAUCGAAAUAUUGGUGACCAUGCAUAACCUGGUGAGACACUUCAGAUGGAAGCUCUGCUACAAGGAGAAUACCUUCAUCAGGGACCCCAUGCCAUCGCCUCUACAUGGCCUGCCGAUACAACUGGAGCACAUGACCUCCCUUUGA